CACAUCCCAAUGCCUCGAUGCUUUUCUUGAUUUCUUCUCCUCGCCUCGUGAGGGGCCCCACGGGAGAGCACCAUAGGGAGACGGGACCGGCCAUUGCUAUUUCCAUCACUGCGGUGGUCUCGUCCUCCGCCUCCCGGUAGCCGCCGGCCGUCCCGGAUGGGAAGAGCUCCCGCUCUCCUCUCUUUCCUUCUCCACAUCCUCUUUCUUCUGGGGAGAGUCCGGUGCUCCGCCGUCGCCGCCCUCGGCCGCAGAUUGCCGCCCUCCACCGACGGUGUUUGCGCUCGGCUGAUUCGACCUUUGGGCUACCCUUGCUCCGAACACGCUGUUGAAACAGAGGAUGGCUACAUCUUAUCUGUUCAACAUAUUCCAUAUGGGAGAAGAGCUCUAGCGAAAAAAUCUGGUCCUCCAAUUUUCCUUCAGCAUGGCCUUUUUCAGGGAGGAGACACGUGGUUCAUGAAUUCUGCUGAAGAGUCGCUGGGAUUCAUCCUUGCUGAUAGUGGUUUUGAUGUAUGGGUUGGGAAUGUACGUGGUACACACUGGAGUUACGGCCAUGUCACCUUAUCUGAGAAUGAUAAGGCAUUUUGGGAUUGGAGUUGGCAGGAACUAGCUCAAUACGACCUGCUGGCUAUGAUAGGCUAUGUAUAUUCAGCAACAAAUUCCAAAAUUUUCUACGUAGGCCAUUCACAGGGAACUAUCAUGGCUUUAGCUGCUUUCACCAUGCCAAAUGUGGUUCAAAUGAUUGAAUCUGCUGCUCUUCUUUGUCCUAUAUCAUAUUUAGAUCAUAUCAGUUCGAGGUUUGUUCUUAGAGCAGUUGGCUUGCAUCUCGAUCAGCUGCUUCUCACUAUUGGCAUUCAUCAGCUUAAUUUUAGAAGCAAUAUGGGUAUUCAGAUACUGGAUUCUGUAUGUGAUGGCCAUAUGGACUGCAACAACUUGCUAGCUGCAAUAACAGGGGAAAAUUGUUGCUUCAAUGGGUCUCGCGUAAACUAUUACCUGGAGUACGAACCUCAUCCAUCAUCCACAAAAAACCUGAACCAUCUUUUUCAAAUGAUCCGCACAGGCACCUUUGCAAAGUAUGACUAUGGGUGGUUGCGGAACCUGAUACAUUAUAGCCACUUGCAUGCCCCAGCAUUUGAUCUGUCAAAGAUACCGGACUCAUUGCCCAUAUGGAUGGGCUAUGGAGGUACCGAUGCAUUAGCAGAUGGUGCUGACGUUCGCCGCACUAUCAACGAGUUGAGAUCUAAGCCUGAGUUAUUGUACAUCGAUAAGUACGGUCAUAUCGAUUUCAUCCUGAGUGUAAAGGCAAAAGAUGAUGUAUAUGGUGAAUUAAUAAGGUUCUUCAGAUCUCAGGGAUGGCCUAGCAGUUAUUAGAAUGCGUUGCCAUUACUACAGGUGCUGAUUGCUGUAUAGUUUGAGUUUGAGUUUGUACAUAAAUUCUCUUAGUUUAGCAUGUUGUAGUAACUAACAGCAUAAGAGGGACUGCACAUUAUCUUGUUAGAAAUAUCUUGGAGAGGAACAGCCACCUAUGAACAAGACACCACCACAUUAAGGGGUGCUUAUAUAGAAUUUCUGUGGGAUAAAAUACGGAGCCCUU